AUGCGUACACACAAAGCGAAAAGUCAAAUUACCUCAAACAUUCCCACAUUUGAUGGAAAAAUCGAAGAUUGGCUUUCCUUUAAAAAUUCAUUUUCCUCGUUAAUUCACGAACAAACGGAUUUAACAAAUAUUGAAAAACUUCAAUAUCUAAAAUCGGCAUUAAAAGGGGAAGCGGCGCGAAAAAUAUCAAUCUUUCCAAUCUCAGAGAAUAAUUAUUUACAAGCUUGGGAAUUAUUAGAAAAAACUAAUGGGGACAAACGACUAAUUAUUUCUAGGCAUUUAAGUUUGAUAUUACGGUUACCAGUACAAGAGAAACAAACGUCAGAAGGGUUAAUAAAAUUAGCAGAUGAAACCCAACAACAUCGUUUAUCAUUAAUGUCACUCGGUGUAAACAUCUCCGAGGAAAUUCUCGUUCAAAAUAUAGAAGAGAAAUUACACAAAAGCACCUUAGAUAAAUGGGACGAAACACUAAAAAGAAAUGAAUUCCCAAAACUCGAUGACCUGUUCGAAUUUUUAUACCGAACAGCAACUCGUUUAACUCAACGAGAAGUAAAAAAUCCUCCUAAUCCAAAGAUAACGAAUAAUGCCCCCGAAAACAAGAAGAAAACCUUUAAAGGCGCGAACCCCUCAUUAGCGACUUCGAUUCUUAAACCUUGUCCUGCCUGUCGAUCAAAAACCCAUCACCUCUUUUGUUGUGAAAAAUUUCGUGCUAUUUCUGUGCCGGAAAGAAUCCAAAUAAUAACAGACGCGUCUUACUGUAUGAAUUGUAUGCGAGAUAAUCAUAGAGACAAUGAAUGCAAAUUUGGCAAUUGCAUGGUGUGUGGUGAAAAACACAAUACCCUACUGCAUCAGGAAAUCAAAUCACCAAAAAAAUAG